GUUCUUUUUCCUUUGGCUGGCGGCGAGAAAACAUUAAUUUGCAGGAGCAAGCACAAAUAUUUUAGCGCGCAUAACAAUUAAAUAAAGGACGCUCAAAAUAAGUGCUGGUCUUAUAUUUUUUCACUCGCCUGUCAACAGUCUAAAAUAUUUGUGGACUUAUCUAAGUACCUACAUACUUAUAUAAACAACAUGGAAGAUUCGAGACCAAACCAAGUAUGCGAAGCACACCCUUGCGCUACGACCACACCUUGUGUAACAGCAUCACCAGUCGACCAGUUAGCCCAGUUAACAUUUACGACUACCGAUGCGCCGGCACAGAUUUGGGAAACGGCCCAAAAUGGGGAGGGUUCGACCGCGAAUGUAGGUGCUCCCGUGCACGUGGAUGUUUACUCAACUCCUACUCCAUCGGGCAGCGGAUUUGUUAGAGCACCCACUACAUCAGCAUCGGGCGCAACCUCUGCAGAUAUGGUCGCCGAACUAUCAGCAUCGCAUACGGUUUUAGACUCGGUAAUAUUGUCACCAAAAACGCGUAGUAAAUUUUCGCGGUUAGGAUAUGAAGCCGUCCCAUGUGCUCGCUCUGCCCCGUUAAUGGCAUGCACAGAGCACAACUUAUCAUCUGUAAGCUCGGCUAGCAACAUAACUUCGAUGAUGAAUAACCUCUAUUCUACAGCGUGGUACAAGUCAUCCAAUAAUUUUGCCGGGCAUCAGCCUGUGUCGAAUUCUACCUAUACUUACGUACCCACUAGCAACAUGUGUCACGCCGACAGGGGUUUUCACAUUUUCGAUCCUGUUAGAUUGCAUAACUCACAGUUAUCAUGCAGCCAACCAUAUGUUGGCGGGUCGCCUCUAUAUGGCAAUGCAAAAGAGAUUUUAAAUCCUCAAAUUCAUAUGGCACCUCGCCCUCCAUAUACCACGCAGGGUAGUGGGUGGGUCCAAGGUCCACUUUCUGGUCAAAACACUUCUGUGCCCAGUAACGUAAGUACCACUUGGAAUUCAACUCUUUCUCCUUCGCAUAUAGCGGCAAGACAAGUCAUUACGAAAGACUUACCUCACUUUUCCGGAGACCCUGAAGAAUGGCCUCUUUUUUAGACGAACUUUUUGCAAUCCACGGAACGCUGCGGGUUUUCGGAUCAAGAAAAUUUAAUUCGACUGCAGAAGUGUCUGAAAGGUCCUGCACUCGAGGCAGUUCGUGGCAAAUUGAUGAUGCCGGCCACAGUAAAUUUAGCAAUAGAAACACUCCGUAUGCUUUUUGGGCGACCAGACAUCAUUCACGAAGCCCUUCAGCGCAAGGUUAGAGAGGUUCCGGCAGUUAGAAUCGAGCGUUUAGAAACGUUAAUUACGCUGGCUCUUGCUGUGCAAAAUUAUAGGGCAACUAUGCAAGCCA